AUGGCGAAAGUGAUCCAAUUACAGAAAGGCGAUAGCAAACCUUCAUCUACCAAAGAUUUAAAACUUUAUGGCAUGAGAUUUGAUCCGUAUUCAAUGGCUUUACGCUUAAUUAUGAGACGCAAAGGUUUAGAUUUCGAUUUCUACUCCAUCAAAAUGUCUGAUCGUCCCGAUUUUCUACAACAAUUAAAUCCUAAUGGCCAAAUUCCAGUUUUAGAGCAUGGUGAUACCGUUGUCUAUGAAACAAUCAUCAUUUAUGAAUAUCUUGAAGAUACAUUUACGGAUAAACCACUUCGAUCAUCUGAUCCAGCUACUAGAGCAAUGGAUAGAAUAUUCUUACAUGAGAUUUAUACCAAUUUGCCUCCUGUGAUACGAGCAAUGAUGGAAGGAAUUGAAGCUAAACGUUUAUUAGAUCAGCUACUACGUGUCGAGAAUCGACUUCAAAAACAAGGUAGUCCAUACUUUGGUGGCAAUGAGCCCAAUUAUAUCGAUUUUAUGGUGUGGUCAUGGCUGGAGUUAAUACCAGCACUAAAACGGGCAUUCACCCUAACCUUUGAAUUGCCUCGUGGUAGCUUCUCCAAUACAUGGGCUUGGAUAGGACGAAUGGACAAGGAACCAGUGAUAAAUGCAGAACGGAAAGCUUCACGUGUCAAUGCUGAAAUUCGAUCACGCUUUUUUAAAAGUGUUGCCGACGGUAGCCCAGAUUACAUGGUUGGGUUAUAG